GUGUAAACAGCAAAAUUGCGCUCCGAGAAAUGCGUGAUCUGUUUCGAUUUCCAGUGAAAAACGAAAAAUGUCCACCGAUGCUCCCGAACACAACCAAGCGCAGAGCAUCAUCGUGAUCCACCCCGGGUCCCAGUACCUGCGGAUGGGCCGUGCUUCGGAUGUGAAUCCUGUGCGCCUGCUGCACGCCAUCGCACGGCGCCGUAAACCGGGCGGAAAGGUCCACCGUGACAGUUGGUUACCGCGGACGGUGGAGACCACCCGUGAGGUGGUGCAAGAGAUGGAACGCUGCCGGCUGCAGAUCUCACACGCCCUGCAAUCGGCCGUCCAGUCCGACGGCCAGCGGCGGUACGCGACACCACCGCAGCAAAUUGCCGCGUUCAAUAAACGAUCCCAGCCGGAAACCGUACCGGACACACUGGCCGCCUGGGAAGACGAGGCAAGCUUCGCGGAUGUGCUGAUCGGUGAGGAGGUGCUGAAGCUGAACCCAAACGGUGGCCAUUACAACCUUCACUUUCCGAUCCGCCGUGGGGAACUCAACACACACGACGGUGUCGGAGGGUCCCUGUCAUCGGUGAUGACCGAUUUGCAGGCCAUCUGGGAGUACGUGUUGCAGCGGAAGCUGCACAUCGAUCCGGGGAAAUUGGCACGCUACCGGGCUGUGCUCGUAAUUCCGGAUAUCUACAACCGCGCCCAUCUCGGCGAGUUUAUGACACUGCUGCUCAAGCGCAUCGGCUUCGGGUGCUGUUUUCUGGUGCAGGACCACGUGGCCGCCACGUUUGGCGCCGGGCUCGGGUACGCCUGCGUGGUGGACGUCGGAGAUCAGAAAACGUCCGUGUCGUGCGUCGAGGACGGCAUUUCGCAUCCGAACACGCGCGUACGCUUCGACCACGGCGGUGCGGAUGUGACCCAGGUGUUCUACUGGCUGCUGAAGAAAUGUGCCUUUCCGUACCACGAGUGCGACGACCGGAAUCCGCUCGAUGCCUGUCUGCUGCAGCAGCUAAAGGAAGAGUUUGGCCACGUGAAUCUCGACACGUGCGGAUCGCUGGAGAAACGGUUUGUCGUCCACCAGCCGCAGAUGCCGAAGCGGAACUACACGCUACAGGUCGCCGACGAAACGAUGAUCGCACCGUUGGCCUUGUUCCACACCGAGCUGCUGACCAUCACCGGCGCUAAUCGGGCCGCACCGAAAACGCAAAAACCCGCCUCAUCCCAGUCGCACCCGGAGGACUGUUUCGAUGCCGAGUAUCUACGUGAGACCGGCAGAAGGAACAAAGAAAAUCUGGAGCAAUCCGCCACUGAACCGGGUGCCUUGGCCAGUGCCGAAAACCCCGAUGACGACAUCGGGGUCGACGGGUUGGCCGAACAGGAGCGCGACAAUAAGAACAACGAUCGAGAUUACUGGCUCGGGGUUCCCGGCGGUCAGCUGGUCGGCCUGGAUCAGGCCAUCGUGCAGAGCAUCGAACGCUGUCCCAGCGACGAGCUGAAGCGGAAGAUGUACGGCUGCGUCCUGCUUGUGGGCGGUGGCAUGAAGUUUGCCGGCAUUGGCCGGUGGCUGCAGAACAAACUGUCGCAAAAGAUGCCCCCCGCGUUCCGAUCCGAGCAGAGCAUCGUGACUAGCCCCAAGGAUAUGGACCCGGAGAUGACCAGCUGGAAGGGGGCCGCCAUCAUGUCGUGCCUGGAGAGUGCCGAAGAGCUGUGGCUAACGGAGACUGAGUGGGCCCGCUACGGGCUGCGGGUUUUGCGUGAAAAAGCCGUCUUCAUGUGGUGACCGUGAAGCUGAGCGCUCUAUUCGGGCGGUACCUCAGUCUGUUCAAUUUUGCGCUUCUUUUUGGCUUGAAUGUCGGCCAUCGUUUGCUCGAUGGAACGUA